GCAACCUGCGCAGCACAUCCCGACAUGCUGACAAGUUCGCGCGAGCACUUUGUUUCAAGUCGUCCAUGCUCGGGGCGUACCUGCUGGUGGCCCGACUCCGGGGCGUACAAGUAAAGAGGAGGAUUCGUGGCGUGUGCUAUUUCGAAAUCGCCCAACCUUUGCUUCCCCCUUCUCCUACGCAUAUGAGUGUACGACUCUAUACAUUCUGUCAUUUCUGCAUGUUGUUAUUGCGACACGGGAACAGUUAUUGAUCUGCGUUGCGUCAUUGUGCAGUGACUCCAUUUGGACGCCGCAUCGUCUUUUCAAGGACCACGACAACCCACAGAGUGAACGCUGCAUCAGCGUUCGCUCGCUCGCAGAGGUCGCAAAGAUGAACUACGCUAAUAUGAUAGAGGAGAAGAAUCUAAAGAAAACCUUCAUUAUAGCGACACUAUGCUCGACGCUAAUUGGCACCUUCACCUCUUCCAUGGGCCUCUGGGACCGCAUCAAUGAGAAGCGCAAGCAGAAGAAGAUUGAUUACAAACAAGACGACCAGAUCAAGGAGCUAAAGGAGAAGGUUGAGAAGGCGGAGCAACGCUUCAAUCAGCAGCAGAACCAAUUCAACAACCGCCAGGAGGAUCUGGGAAAUAACUUCCACAUGUCGGGCGCCAUGAUACAGAGGCAAUACGACGAGGGCUAUGGCAGGCUAGGCAGACGAUUUGCCAUGGGGGACACUCUCACAGAAAACCAACUCCAAGCCCAAGUCAUCUCGCUCCAACAAGCCGUCAUCACCGUCCUCCAAGACGCCCUCUACAACGAUCGCCAACUCAGCCGCGCCGACCUUUCCAAGCUCAUCGCCGCCUCAAACCAAGCCCGCGAUGGCUCCCUCGACGCCCUCCGCCAGCACCAACAACGUCUCGCUCUCGAAGCUCCUCCACCUCGCUCCUUACCCUCAACUUCGUCCUCCUCUACACGCUCCUCUUCUUCCCUGAGCGCAGACGGUCUCUUCUGCCGCUACGCCAUCGACCUGCAAACCCUCCCCAACAAACCCCUAGCAGCCGAUUUCGCCCCCGGAGGCAGAUGUCGCUGUCCAGCCUGCGGCGUCCGCAUCGACGCCACCGCAGACGACUUCUGGAAAAUCGGCAAGCGCACUCCUGUCCUCAUUUCCGAAAACAGGCUCCAGAAGCAAGUCUUCGAGAACCGCGAGUUCGUUCUCGGGCAGCGCUUUGUGAUCAAGUGCCAUACCCCGGACGGACAGUAUGCGUGUGUGCUUUGUAACCAAUUCAAGGAUGUGGAUGCGUUGUGUCGUUCGGUGGAAUCGCUGGUGAAGCAUGUGGGGAAUUUUCACAGCGCGGAGGAGUUGUCGAUGGAUCCGGAUUUGAGGGAGAAUCGGGCAGUGGAGAGGAGGGUGUCACUUCCGCUUCCGCCGCCUCCUAUGGGUUCUGUGACGAGGGAGAAGCAGGUCAAGGAGGUGGUUUAUCGUUGAUAUGAUGUGCUGCUCUACUUUUAGCGAAGGCGUUUGGGGUGAUGUGGGUAUUUUCAGCGUGGGAGUGGUACAUAGAAGUGACCUUUGACUUGGACGGUUUCAAUAAUGAUGGAUGGCUGGUUUAUGGUUUUAUAGGUAUGAAUAACGACUCUCGGCUUUGCUCAACCUAGAUAGGUUUAAAAUGAUGACUCUCCAUGUCUACCUC